UCUCAUGGGCAUCACAUGAGGACAAAGAAUGCUGUGGCGUGCGGGCAGUGGGGCUCGCUGGUUUUUUCGCUGGAAAAAUUUUAUGGCGUAUAGUUUCGCCGGAAAGUUUUUUCCUAGAGGCUUUUACUGGCAGCCAAAAAUGGAAAGUACUCCUGCAGACAAGGUUAGAGAAGCGCACAGGAAGGUGAUGGUUGCAAACCAUCCAGAUGCAGGAGGAAGUCAUUACCUCGCUUCUAAAAUCAACGAAGCAAAGGAUUUGUUGCUUGGAAAGACCAAGGGCGGUGGAUCUGCAUUCUGAUUUUAUACUACUGGGAACAUCUCUUUGAAUUCUACUUCUUCAGUCUUAUUAUUCAGUGGUAUGUCUCUUUAUAUUAGUAUGAUUCUGCUGUAGUUAGUUCAUUUUUUUAAAGAGAGAAUUACUUACAUCAUCAAUAUCAUACAUAUUUAUUAGAAAUUUAAUAUUAUUGAAAAAAAUGAUUGAUUGAAUUCAUGCAUUUGUGUUUGCUGUGAUUAAAUCAUUGGUGUUCUGAUUGAAAUAUGUGAUUUUUUAAGUUUGAUGAAUGGAGAUAUGAGGGUGUUUAUUUUGUAAA